AUGCUGGGAAUCUUUAUCACCCGCAGUCUCAUACAGGUUCAGGUUAUUCUCACCGCGAUGUCUCGGGGAGACGAUGCCGACCUGGAGAUCCCUCUCGAGUUCAUCUGCCCUUUAUCGGAUCGCGUUAUGGCGGAGCCCGUAAUUAUCGCCUCGGGAUUGACGUACGAGCGCGAGUACAUCCAAGCCUGGUUCGACGCCGGUCACGUCACCUGCCCGCGGUCAGGAGAAAAAGUUCGCCACACCGAGUACUUUCCAAAUGUCGCUCUCAAGGCAUUGAUCAUGGAGUGGUGCGCCAAACACAACGUUAAACUUUCGGCCGGUCAGAAGCAGGCCGUUAGUCGGAAGACCGCAGGCAAUCAAGAGGUUCGACAUAUGUUAUCACUAUCGCAGGAGCAAGGCGAUCAAUCCGCUCACGUGAAAGGCCAUCGUAGAACUCGCUCCGCAGCAGAUUCCGCGUUCUUCGGGAACUUCAACUCCGCCAGUGCGCUCCGCCCAUCUGGUGCGCGCGAGGGGCCGCGGAGCAGCGAUGAAGGCGGGGGCAGCAGCGGAAGCGAGAUGGCCGCGCGCAACCGGCGGCAGUCCCUUUCGACAAUGUCCGCGCGGGAGCGCGAGGCUCCUGGCGGUCGAGAAGCAGACGCGCAGCGUAGACGCAGUCACGAGCAGCAGAGAAUGACCGUCACCGGGUCGAGGGAAGCUGCACACGAGGGUUCAGGCGCAGCCAGUCACGGCAGGGGCCCUGCUUCGUUAUCGGACAAAUUCGCUUCCGCGGGGGGUAGGGGUGCAGGGUUGGGUUUAAAUUCUACGGCCGCACGAACAGCAGGCAUGGACUCGGGAGCCCCGGGCAUGGCGCGCGCGGGAACUGCGCCGGUAGGGGGAGCGCAUCCGCUGGAGCGGAAGAAAGGACCCGUUGCGGCGCCGCAUUUGCGCCCUGACCGCCGGCGCACUAUGAGCUGGGACGGCAGCCACGACCCUCUGGCUGCCGGCCGGCUAGACCCGUCUGUUCUGGCCGGCGCUGUGGUGUACGAUCGAGCAGCGUCCCCGGUUGCGAAAUCAGGCCCGCAUCCGGGCAGAGAGCCGCGGCCGUCCUCCAGUGGGGCUAGUUCGUUAGCAGCGCGCAGGCAGCGCAGAUUGUCCCCGUUACAAGCCUCAGGCCUGCUCACCACCAGUCCGCUUGCCAAUCCUGAAGCGGUAGCCUCUCCACAGCUGCCGCCGCGCGCAGGUGGGGGGACUUCAGGGGCGGGAGUUAGGGUUCCCGCGCGGGAAGGGACGGGCAGCGGGGUGUGGUCACCUCAGGAGCAGUCAAGCGGGGGCCACGGCAGGGGGGGCAGUGGCGCGGCGGCUGCAGGGGCGAUUGGAGCAGCAGAAUUGCUGGCAGGAGUUGGGAUUCCAAGGUCAGGGUCGAUAACUGCUAGCUCACCCAAGCACAGGCUCUCUAAAGGCAGCAGUGGGGGCAGUAGCACAGGCGCCGCCCUCCCUCCCCUGUCCCCUCAGGUUCAGCAGGUGAUGCAGCAGCAGCAGCACGGGCAUACAGGGCAGCAGCAGGGACCUCAGGUAUCUCCGCCACGUGCAAUGACAACCGUUGAUGGGAUGGUUGAGGCGAUGGAUCGAGGGACAGCAGAGCAGCGGGUGGAGGCGGUGGUGCAGCUGAGAGCAGCAGUGAAGGAGAGCUGUGAGAACAGGCAGCGGCUGCUGGAGCGAGAAGACGGCGUGCCCAUCCUUCUUGACUUUCUCGAUGAGGCUGUUGCAGCCCUAGGUGGAGGCGGUGGGAGGGUGCCAGGGCGGGAGGGGCGCGGGCGGGGAGUGAUGGAUCCUGCACUGGUGGUGGACUGUGCUGUGGCCGUGGUGCUGCAGCUGUGCCAGUCGCGCGAUGGCGCUGCGGAGUUCAUUGAUGUGGGCGGCGUGCCGUCCCUUGUGGACGUGCUCUCUCACACCGGGCCAGCUGGCACGGCAGGAACAGUGUCACCAGCAGGGGGGGCGGCAGGCAUUUCAAGCAUGGUGAAAGGGAAUGCAGCUGCGGCGCUGUUUGCCCUUGCUUCAUGGGACGACGUGAUGGACGAAUCAGCGAAUGGGAGCAGGAAUGGGAAUGGCGCUGGUCCGAGCAGGAAUAUCCACAAGACAAAAAUUCAAGCUGCGGGGGCAAUCCCCUCGCUUGUCCGCCUGCUCACGAAUGAGACGGCACGGUGCAGAAAGGACGCGGGGCUUGCGCUCUUCUCCCUCUCGCAGGACCUGUCGUGUGCGAAUGAGAUCGUGAGGGAAGGCGCCGUGAGCAUUCUAGUGGAUCUUCUGGGGGAUAAAAGGCCUGGGGUUGAGGAGAAAGCUAUGGCUGUGUUGGCCAAUCUUGCGAGGACACGUGGCGGGCAAGAGGCGCUGCUGGCAGUGGAAGGGACUCUAGUGAUAUCGGAUGUGCUGGAGAGUGAGUCUGAGAGGGCACGGGAGGAGGCGCUGUGGACUCUGCACCAUCUGGUUACCACAGGGGUUGUGGCGCCUGCGGUGCUGUUGAAUGAUGGAGCGCUGUUUCCGAUUGCGAAGCUGGCUUGCAAAAAAGGGGCUCUUGCAGAGGCAAAGGAGCUGCACAGGAUCUUGAUGACUGCAAGAAAAGGGGGCAUGGGGGGAGCAACUCCGCCCAGGGACGCGCGGAUGCCCGCCGCGGGCGCGGGGGGAGCGCAAGCGAAGGCGCAGCAGGACGAGGGCAUGGGGCGAGGCGCGUACCCCGCCUCGCGCGACUACUACCCCUCGCAGGGCGUCCCCACGCCACACGGCACAGCCUCGGGCGCAGCUUCGGAACCCUGGCGCCAAGCCAGUGAGGCAGGCUCGGCGGUACCUCCGUGGGAGGUGCUGGGGGGGAUGAAGGAGGAGGAAUGGGCGGCGUUCAAGGCGUGGGUGGAGUCUACGUGGCGAUGCCGCCGCUGUGGCAGUCCCAGGGACGAUUUCUCCGACCACCCUGUAGCCAUGGCUCUGCUGCAGCGCUGCGGUAUCAAUAUCAACCCCCCCAGCAGCAGCGCCAGCCAGCCCGCUUCCUCCCCUCUCCACUCGGACGGCAGCGGAAGGUUCUCCGCACCUUCCUGGCAGCAGCAGAGAGGGGGGGAUGUGCAGAGGGGGGGUGUGGACGCGCGCAGUCACGGGGGCGGGUCCCCCCUGAACCCCUCCUCCAAGCGCCACUCCUUUGACGCCUCCCCCCUCGCCUCCACCACCACCGCCAGCACCUUCACUGGCGGGCUAGGCCCGGACGCGUGCCCGCACCUGCGCGGCAGCAGCGGGGGGGACGGGGAGGGCAGCGGGGAGCACAGCGGGAGGCACGCCCCCGGGGGCGGGGGCGAGUACCAGGCGCAGGGGAACAGAAUCUUCGACGAAAGCGCCCUGCAGGAGGUGCGGGCGCGGCUGGAGAUGGGGGGAGUGGGCGGAGGCGGAGGGGGAGGGAGAGGCGGAGGACCCGGGGGAGGAGGCGGGCUGGCGCGGACAAUGAGCAACACGGAGGUGCUGCAGCGGAAGCUGCUAGCGGCGAUCACGCGCGCGCACCAGGUGUAUUUCAUUGACAAGGAGCCCAACGGCAGCCUGGUGUUUGACUACCUGCUGUCCGCGCUGCUGGAGGUCACUGAGUCCAUGUUCGGAUUCAUCUCGUCUGCUCUGCUCAAGGCCGACGGCACGCCCUACCUCAAGACGCACGCGAUGACGAACGUGGCGUGGAGCAAGGAGCUGAGGGCGUGGUACGCGGCCAACAGCCACAAGGGGCUCGUGUUCACCAACCUUAACACGCUGCACGGCACCGUCGUGCUCACGGGGCAACAGGUGCUCACUAACGACGCUCGCAACGACCCUAGAUCUAGGGGCGUCCCCCCAGGCCACCCCAUAAUCGACAAGUUCAUGGGCAUCCCCCUCUACACCGGCACCGAGCUCAUCGGCGUCUUUGCUGUGGCCAACCGCGCGGCGGGGUACGACGAGCAGCUGGUGAAGGAGAUCGAACCGCUGACAAUGACGAUAGCGCAGAUGAUCUAUGCCGUGAAUGAGCGGAAGAGGAGGAAGGAGGCGGAGCUUCAUUUGUCAAGCGUUGUGCAGGUGGCGAAGGAGGGCAUAAUGUCCCUGGCGCACAGCGGGCAUGUGACCUCCAUGAACCUGUCAGCGCGGCAGAUGUUUGGCUUCGCACAGCCGGGGGACGCGCCCCUGCCGGGCAGCAUGCGCGAGGGCGUGGCAGCACCUGCCAACCUGCAGCUCAAGGACUUGCUCGUGGAGAUCGAUGGGCAUCGGGAUAUGCUCACGGCCGGAGGUCUGGACCACGCGUCAGGGCAGGUGCACAAGGGCACGGGGUUCCGCACGGACGGCAGCACGUUCCCCCUCGAGAUCUCCCUCUCCAAGGGAAACUACGACACCGUCUUCUACGUGGCUGUGCUCAGAGAUAUCUCUGAACGACUCGAAGCAGAGAAGAAGCUCAAGGAGAGCGAGGAGCGGUGGCUGUAUGCGCUGUCGGGCAGCGAUGAUGGCGUGUGGGACUGGAACGUGCGUGACAACACCAUGUUCUUCUCCGACCGCUGGAAGCAGAUGCUCGGUUAUGAGCCUGGCGACAUCGGGUCAACACUGGACGACUGGGAGCGACUGCUGCACCCCGAGGACAAGGACCGAGCGUACGCGGACCUGAAGGAGCAUCUGGACGGCGUGACGGCGCAGUUUGUGAACGAGCAGCGGCUGCGCUGCAAGGACGGGUCGUGGCGCUGGUUCCUGCACCGCGGCAAGCUGCUCUCCAAGACGGACGAUGGCGAGCCGCUGCGGUUUGUGGGCACACACACGGACAUCACUGAUAGGAAGGUGGCGGAGCAGGCCAUGAUGGAUGCUAAAGACGAGGCUGAGAGGGUGUCGCGCGCUAAAGCAGAUUUCCUCGCCACAAUGAGCCACGAAAUCAGGACACCCAUGAAUGGGGUGGUCGGCAUGACGGCCCUGCUCCUGGACACAGACCUCACACCAGAGCAGCGCGACCGCGUGGUGACCAUCCGCGAUUCGGGAGACAUGCUGCUGCAGAUCAUCAACGACAUCCUCGACUACUCCAAGAUCGAGUCGGGCAAGCUGGACAUGGAGCAGACGCUCUUCAACGUCGUGCAAGCGGUAGAGAGAGUCGCCGAGCUGCUCAUCCACAACGCCGAGUCCAAGGGACUCGACAUCGUGAUCGAGAUCGAGCCGGAGACUCCCGUGUUUCUGGUGGGGGAUGCGGGGCGCACGCUGCAGGUGCUGAUUAAUCUGGUUUCGAACGCGAUUAAGUUCACGGAGAAGGGGUAUGUGAAGUUCCGCUUGGAAGCGGAGGUUGGCGCGCCGUGCCUGCUGCAGCUCCCCUCCUCCACCUCUACCUCUUCCGCUGCUGCCGCUGCUGCUGCUUCUGCUUCUGGUGCCUCUGGUGCUGCGGCAGCUGGGGGUGCGUCCGGGUCCCCAUUAAGAGCGUCUGCUGGUGGUGCGAGUGGCAAGGACAGUCCCGCGCACGGGGCAUCAGGGAGCAUAGGGGCGGCGAUGCUGGCAGCGCAGCAGGAGGCGAGGGCAGCACGGGCACGCGCGCAAGAGGCAGCAGCGGCGCAGGAGGCGGGGGUGCUGUACUGGGUGUGCCACGUCAGCGACACGGGGAUUGGUAUUCCCAAGGAGCGCAUCGGGCGCCUCUUCACCAAGUUUUCCCAGGUGGACGCCUCCACAACAAGGAGGUUCGGCGGAACAGGGCUCGGCCUGGCCAUCUCAAAGCAACUGGUGGAGCUGAUGGGGGGGCGCAUCUCAGUGCACAGCGAGUUCAAGCGCGGGUCCACCUUCACAGUGCGCCUGCCCGUCAACACGCACCACCCCGCCUACGCCGCCGUCGCCGCCCUCAACCCGCCGCUCCCCACGCCCUCCACGCCCUCCGCCGCGCACUCCUCCUCUGGCCACUCCGCGUCGCUGCUCUCCCCCGAGUCCCCUGCUGCGGCCGGCACGCCCUCCAAGGCACCGCCCUCCUCGUCCGGCCCGCUGCCCGUGCCACUGGUUGUACCGCCAGAGUUUCAAUCUAUCCGCGUGCUGCUCGUCAGCCCGCUCGAGGUGACAGUGAGCGCCAUGCAGAAGCAGUUAGAGGCAUGGAAGGUGCCGCACGCCUGUCUCACCUGCACGCCAGAAGAGGCUUUCCUCAAACGCCUUCCGGCCGGCUCUCUGCCGCCCGCGCCGUCCCUGCCGGCCGGCCAACCAGCGCCUGCCACGUGGCGCGAUGGGUCGGCGCGCAAGGGGUUGGCGGAGGAUUACGAUUUGGUCAUCAUUGACUUCUCCUGCAAGCCACAACUGAUCGACCCCAUGUCCUCCGCGGUGUUGGAGAUGCUGGGUCGGGAGCGCGUGGGGGUGGUGGUGCUGCUGAAGCGGUCGCAGGUGUCGGAGAAGACAGAGGGUGAGCUCAAGGCCGUGCGCUACUGGCGCGACCGCUGCCCCGCCAUGCUCAAUAAACCCAUGGUGCGCCCCAAGGCACUCCUAGAAGCCAUGGAAGCGGCGAUGCAGAGCACGCCGGGCGGCGAGGGGCUGUUCGUGUCGUCGGGGCGGCGCCGGCAGCAGCCGCGACCCGCUGCACGGAGCAUGGGACCCAAGCUGAGUGGCCGCAUCCUGCUGGCAGAGGAUAACCUGAUCAACCAGAAGGUGGCCAAGUCGAUGCUGGCCCAGCUGGGCGUGAGCAUAGACAUCGCCAACAAUGGUGUGGAGGCUGUUAGCCUCUUCCAGAAGAACAAAUACAACCUCAUCCUCAUGGACUGCCAGAUGCCGGAGAUGGAUGGGUGGGCAGCGAGUCGCAAGAUCAGGGAGCUGGAGGCGCAGCAGGCUCAGCCCAACGUCACCAUCGUCGCUCUUACGGCCAAUGCUCUCAAGGGCGACAGGGAGCAGUGCCUGGCUGCCGGCAUGACAGACUACAUGUCCAAGCCUGUCAGCAAGGCAGCUCUGGAAAAGGUUCUUAGGCAUUACCUUGACAAGGCAUGA